GGGAAGUAGGAACCGAGGGGUGAAGAAGUAGUGUCUAUAAUGAGACCGCUGCUGCUGCGCUCUUCGCUCGGCUGCCUGGCGACAGUUUUCGGCGCAUUUUCUGCUUCUCGAAACAAACUCGUCACACAAGCAGCAGCUGUACCUCAUCUGUGUUAUUUAAGAAACACGAUGCACUAUCAAACGGAGGAGAGAGGACGCCCCAAUUCUCCUGACUACCGGAUUUACUUUAAAACCUCAGAAGGAAAAUACAUUUCACCAUUCCAUGACAUUCCACUUAUAGCAGAGACAGAACAGGACAAUGAUGUGCCAGCUAAAAAACCCAGGAAUAAUGAGAACGAGGUGCUCUUUAACAUGGUUGUGGAGGUACCUCGAUGGUCAAAUGCUAAAAUGGAAAUUGCAACAAAGGAACCACUGAAUCCGAUCAAACAAGAUGUAAAGAAAGGCAAACUCCGAUAUGUUGCGAACAUAUUUCCCCAUAAAGGUUACAUCUGGAACUAUGGUGCACUUCCACAGACAUGGGAGGACCCAAACCACACAGACACAGAAACGAAGUGUUGCGGUGAUAAUGAUCCCAUUGACGUUUGUGAAAUUGGCACCCAGGUGUGCUUUCCAGGUCAGGUGAUCCAAGUGAAAGUGCUUGGCAUCUUGGCCAUGAUCGAUGAGGGAGAAAUGGACUGGAAGGUCAUCGCUAUCAAUGCUAAGGAUCCGGAUGCCAAAAACCUAAAUAGCAUAGAGGAUGUCCGCAGGAGCCGACCCGGUCAUUUAGAGGCCACCGUCGAAUGGUUUAGGAAAUAUAAGGUGCCUGAUGGAAAGCCUGAGAACCAAUUUGGAUUCAAUGGACAAUUCAAAGACAAGGACUUCGCAGUUGAGAUCAUUAAGUCCACCCAUGAGCACUGGAGGGCACUAGUGCAGAAGCAGACAAAUAGUGGAGGGAUUGAAUGCAAAAACAUCUCUUGCUGUGAGAGCCCUUUGAAAUGCAGCGCUGAUGAGGCCAGGGAUGUGGUCCAGUUGGCGCCAGCAUUUGGUAGCCCACAACCUGUGUCCCCAGAGGUGGACAAGUGGCAUUUUGUCUGAAAUCCCAAAGACACUGUGGAAACUGAUUAGAAUUUCUAUCAUCCUAUGAAGCUGUACCAGUAUGGCUGCAGAUUUUGUAUGCAGCUGGAUUUCUUUUUGGUAUGGACUCGUUCUCAGCUGUAUAAAGUGCCACCUAUAUUUACCAUCCAGUGCUCUGUUGGAAAAAGAAAAGGAUUUUACCAAGUACAUUGGCAGUAUGAACCAGUGAGGAUCUGUACUACUAUAAUACUGAGUAAAGAACCAGAAGUGUGUGUUUUCAGGUCUCAGGUUGGACACUAGAUUGAUUCAUUGCUGGUCACAUCAAUUACAAUUUAGGGGUUACUCACAAAAAUAUUGGUCUCCUUUCUAUUAAAUUCUGUUAAAAUUUAAUAGAAAUUCUGUAAAUUAUGUUGUAUAUUUCAGUAUUUUUGUGGCCACUGUCCAGGACCAGCCUUGCACUGUAUAGGACUGAAAGUCAUGCUAGUAUGCUCUAAAUUGCCUUUAAGACUGUAAUCAGGUUGUACUUGCAACAACAAACACAAUGCCAUUUGUAACAUUUAAACAGUUUUCUCGUUUGGAUAAAUAAUAAAUUUAAGGUGUGA